AUGGCCUUCAUUGUAGCUCUGGGGCUCCUGAUGGCAGGGAUCUGUCCUUCUGUCACCUACUGGGCAACUGCAGAUGGGCAACUGGGAAAGCACACUGCAGUCCAGAAAGACAGAGACCAUGAAAUACAACUGGACAGUGUCACACUGGCCUCCAUCAACACUGACUUUGCCUUCAGCCUCUACAAGAAGCUGGCUUUGAAGAAUCCAAAUGAAAAUGUUGUCUUCUCCCCACUUAGCAUCUCAUCUGUCUUAUCCUUGUUGUCUCUGGGAGCAAAGGGCAAGACCCUGCAAGAGAUUCUAGAAGGUCUCAAGUUUAACCUCCCAGAGACCCCUGAGGCAGAUAUCCACCAGAACUUUGGGCAUCUCCUACAAAUGCUCAUUCAGCCAGAGAACCAGGUUCAGAUCAAUGCAGGUAACGCCCUGUUUAUUGAUAAGCACCUGCAGAUCUUGACAGAGUUCAAGGAGAAGGCAAGGGCUCUGUACCACACUGAAGCCUUCACAGCAGACUUCCAGCGGCCUCGUGAGGCCAGAAAGCUCAUCAAUGACUAUGUGAGGAAACAGACCCAGGGGAAGAUCAAGGAACUGGUCUCAGACCUGCAUAGGAACACAUCCAUGGCACUAGUGAAUUUCCUCAACUUUCAAGGCUUUUGGAACGUGACUUUUGACCCUGAAGACACAUUCCUGGGAAAUUUCACAUUGGAUAGGAACAGGACCGUGAACGUGCCCAUGAUGAAAACCGAGGAGCUAACCACAAACUACUUCUGGGACGAGGAGAUGCAAAGCACUGUGUUGGAGCUGAAUUACAUAGGCAAUGCCAGCUUCCUGUUCAUCCUCCCUGAAAAGGGCAGGAUACAGUAUGUGGAAGAUAGCUUACAACCCCAGUCUCUGAGGAAAUGGAGGAAAUCUUUGAGGCCCAGGCUGCUAGAUGAACUCUCCCUGCCCAAGUUCUCCUUAUCACAAGGCUACAACCUAAAUGACAUCCUUCCAGAGCUGGGUAUCAAGGAAGUCUUCUCCACACAGGCUGACCUGUCUGGGAUCACUGGAGCCAAAAAUAUAAGAGUCUCUCGGAUGAUCCACCAGGCUGCGCUGGAUGUUACUGAGACACACACAGAAGCAGAUGCCACCACAAUAGCCCGAUAUAACGUCCAAUCUGCAAAAAUUAAGCCUAAAAUUGUUAAGGUGGACAGGGAAUUCUUGUACCUUAUUUUAGACCCAAUGUCUGAGAUCAUUAGCGUUAUGGGCAAGGUUUCCAACCCUUUAAGAAACUAG